AUGCCUUUACAACCAAUCUUGGUGGUGGAGGUAUUUGAUGUUUGGGGAAUAGAUUUCAUGGGUCCGUUUCCUAAUUCAAAUGGGUUCUUGUACAUAUUGGUUGCGGUUGACUAUGUUACGAAGUGGAUAGAAGCUAUUGCUACAAGGGCCAACGAUCAUUCCGUUGUAUGUAAGUUUGUGCAAUCCUACAUCUUCGUUCGAUUCGGUGUGCCAAGGGUGAUAAUAAGUGAUGGAGGUUCACAUUUCAAGAAUUUCAAUUUUGGGAAAUUGCUAAAAAGAUAUAAUGUGAACCACCGAGUGGCUACACCAUACCAUCCGCAAACAAGUGGACAAGUUGAAGAGUCCAACCGUCAAAUUAAAGAGAUUAUCAUGAAGACGGGGUGCCAUUUACCAAUGGAGUUUGCACAUCGAGCGCAUUGGGCCAUCAAAACUGUUAAUGCGGAUUAUGAUGAAGCGGGUCGAGUAAGGAAGUUGCAAUUGAAUGAGAUUGAGGAGAUUAGAGACGAAGCCUAUGAAUGUGCAUCCGCAUACAAAGACAAACCGAAGAAAGUUCAUGAUGCAAAGCUAAGGAAGAAGAACUUCGAAGUGGGUCAAAAGGUGUGGUUGUACAAUUCGAGGUUGAAAAUGUUCGCGGGCAAACUCAAGAGCAAAUGGAUGGGUCCUUACGUAAUCCGAAGAGUGGGAAGAUUUGGAGAUGUCGAUAUUCAAGAUGAGCAAACCAAUAAACAACAAACGGUGAAUGGGCAUCGACUCAAACCGUAUUUAGAAGGCAACAACAUAAAUAAUCUUGAGCUUGGCAAAGUGGGUUACAUUCUACACCCAUUAGAUGACGAGGAAGCAUAA